ACAGCUGUUUCUUUUUUGUGGUUGGAGUGGGUGGCAAAACUGCGCAUGCGCACUAGUUAGUUGGCGAAAUAAAAGUUAAUGUGCAAGCAUAUAGAGUUAAACGUGCUUGCAAGUGAAAAAGUGGCUUAAUAAAGAGAAUAUUUGUGUGCUCGGCGUUUAGUUUUGAUUUAUAACGCUUUGUGUGAGGUACAAAAAUUGAAUUCAAUACAAUUGGUAUGUCCAAGCGAACUACCUUGACAGCCAGCAAUUGACAUUCGGCUUUACGCAGUUAGAUUUAUUUUGAACACCACGAAAAAAAUGUGGUAAUGCUUGAAUUGCAUACUAUUAGUGUACAAAAGUGAUAUUAAACAAAUAAAAAUGAAAAAAUAAAAUAAAAUAAUUACAAAUUAAACAAAAAAAUUUAAUAAAAAGAAAUAAAAAAAAUAUAUAUGUAAAAAAAUUUAAACAGAAAAAAAAUUGUAAAAAUGUCGUUAAGACACUGUGCAGCGCCGUUGUGGCAUGAAAAACACUUUGUGUGAAAACCGAGUGCACUAUAACAGUACUCGCAUAACGUCACCGAGUCAACGUUACCGUACAAGCAGUGACCUUUGCAGCGGCAACGUCAAAGCCACCGCCACCAAACCCAACAUAUGUCAGGCGCAUGACAUGAGCACAAAUAAACAGAUAGCAGUAAAAUAAGCAACAAUAACAAAAAAGUAAUAAUUGCAACAAUGAACAAUACAAAAUGGAAUACACGCAGCUUUAAUAGCACACGCUAUCACUCACCCAGCCAGCAGGAGGCUACUAUGCGCCGCAGCCUCGAGGAGAUCUCCAAGGAUAUCAAAGAUAUUGAAAAUGUCAUUACCGCCACAGAAAUAGCUGUGCGUAAUGCCAAUAAAGCCGAACCGCCACUUAGGCGACGUCGCAGCAAAGCGCUGCCGAAUAAGGAGAAUAAAACACCGAGUCCCACGCAGCGUCAGACUCACACGGGCAUGCAGAAGUCAUCGCCGGUCACAUUUAAAGUGCACUCCUUCAAGCGGCAACGCCAGAAGCUGCGCAGUCCACGUCUAACCAAUUCGAAGCUUUACUUUCGCAAUGGACGCAUCGGUUGUUUGGAGGCCGAUCAGCAUGGUUCCAAUGUACAGAGCACACACGCGCUGGUCAAGCAUAUUUUAAAGUAUGUGCAUGAGAAACCGCUAGUGAGUCCGGAGAGCGUGCGACGUGUCUUGAAUGGCACAAUGACGCCGACGCCAACAUCAUCAAUAACAACAAUAACAACAUCGACGCCGACAACGCCGACCACAGUCGAAACCGAUGCGGCUACUAUUGGUCAGGCGUCGGAGCAGGUUUGUGAAGCGGCGGUUUUGUUGCCUGGUGCAGUGCCCGAUGAGAAUGAUGAUGAUGUUGUUGUGAAUGGUUUAAAUGGUUGUUCUAGCGGCGGCAGCAAUAAUUUCAAAGCGUCUGACAGCAGCAGUCAUCGGCGUGGAACCAGUGUUGGCUCUUCAAUGACCGAGAAUACGACAUCACAGUCGCAGGCGUUGGUUGAUGACGAUGAGCAGGAUGUGCAAAUUUGUUAUGACGAGCUGCCGGAUAUGUUGAAUGAUGAGCAGAACUUCGGUCCGGAGUUGGUAAAGAGUGAUUUUGCUGCGGUGGAGCCGGAGACGGAGACCGCUACUGAUAGGCGUUUUAGCGCAACGAGCCUCAACGAGGACGUGCGUGAUCAGGUACGCCAUCUGGUACGACGCUUUACCGCACGCGCCAAUAAAGUGAAGUCACGCAUCGAAUUGCCGCCCACACCGUCGAGCAGCAACAGCGCCGAUGCCAGCACUAGCACCAGCACCGGUGGUUCAGCUUCACCUGUACGCUCACUCCCAGUCGGUUUGAAAUCGUUGAGUACAACACGCGAGAAUUCGCCCUUCAAAACUAAGCUUAAAGAUGCCGCAAAGUCAUUGAAUCGUGGUCGUCUCUUCGAAGCCGACACUUCACGUUCAAAUGUUUGGAUCUGCUCGAGUUUGUGCGGUAGCAAUAAUGAGGAGAAGACGCUUGAUCCGCAGGGUAAAAUCUACAUAUCGUGGUUGUGUGUGGUCUCAAUAUCGUUCCUCUAUAAUGCUUGGGUUAUUCCGCUACGUUCCACAUUUCCAUUUCAAACACCGGAGAAUACGAACACCUGGUUGAUUUGUGAUUUCUGUGCGGACAUAAUUUACCUGUUGGAUGUGAUAUUCUUCAAGCAUCGUAUAAUGUAUCUAUUCGAGGGAUUUUGGGUGAAGAAUAAAAAUCUUACACGAAAGAAUUACAUGAGGAAACUGCAAUUUAAGUUGGAUUUGCUUGCCUUACUUCCUCUGGAGCUUUUCUACUUAAAAUAUGGCACCGGCGCUGUUUAUCUGCGCUUUCCACGUCUAUUUAAAAUACAAAGCUUCUGGGAGGUUUUCAAGUUGUUAGACCGUGUUAUAUCUUCGCCACAUUUCGUACGCGUCGCUAAGACCCUAACCUAUAUGUUGUAUAUGAUCCACUUAACGGCUUGCGCUUACUAUGCCUAUAGCGACUAUCAAGGUUUAGGCGUGAACCGUUGGGUUUUCAGCGGUAAAGGGCAUCCCUAUGUUCGUUGCUUUGCCUUCGCUACCAAAACAGCGACAUCUAUAGGUAAAAAUCCGAAACCCGAACGGGAAGGCGAAUAUGUUUUUAUGACCGCCGCAUGGCUGAUGGGUGUCUUUGUAUUUGCCUUGCUGAUCGGUCAGAUACGCGAUAUCAUUUCUACAGCGACGCGCAAUAAAAAUGAAUAUCGACAAUUGGAAGAUGAGACCUUGGAGUAUAUGCGACGUCUGAAUUUACCCAGCGAGGUGCAGGGACGCGUGAAAAUGUGGUUUAAGUUCACGUGGGAGCAACAACGUACGUUGGAUGAAGCUAACAUUUUGGACUCAUUACCAAUCAAUUUGAAGACGGACAUCGCUAUCGCCGUGCACAUACAGACACUCUCGAAAGUACAACUUUUCGCCGACUGCGAAGAGGCACUGCUACGCGAUUUGGUCUUGAAAUUGCGGGCUGUAACCUUUCUACCGGGUGAUUGUGUGUGUCGUAAAGGCGAAGUGGGUCGCGAAAUGUACAUUAUCAAACUCGGACAAGUGCAAGUGAUGGGCGGUCCAAAUAGUGACAUUGUCUUGGCCACACUCUCGGAGGGUUCGGUCUUUGGUGAAAUCAGUUUGUUGGGUAUAAAUGGCGCAGACCGGCGCACAGCCGAUGUACGCUCCAAAGGCUACGCCAAUCUCUUCGUACUCUCCAAAUCCGAUUUAAACGAAGUAAUCGCCUACUAUCCCAACGCACAAGCGAUGCUGAAGAAGCGUGCACGCGCACUUAUGCGUAAGAAUGCGGCACGUGAACGUGAGGAGGAACGUGCCAAAAGCGCAUUGAAAGCCGAUGUGGUGAUUAGUAAUCCGAAAACACCCGAGACACCACCCAAACUAUUGAAGACUGUCAUACAGGCAUUGCCAUAUGAGUCGCCCGCCGUAAUGCUGAUCACGCGCGGCUCCAAACGCAUGCGCAAGAAGAGCAGAGCCAAUGCGCUGGCAAGCAUCGAGGAUGAGGAGAACGUGGCGGCCGUACAAAAGGCUGCCGCAAAUGAGCAGCGUGUCUGCUUAAUGGGCGCCAUGGCCGCUGCGGCUGCCGGUAGGCGUGCCAAUUCGCCCGAUUUGUUGUCAUCCAUACAAGAUGAGCUUCAAACCAAGCAUAGCUUUAUAAAUUUAACUGAUUCACAGAAAGCAUUAAUCAUAUCGAAAUCCAAUAAUAGUUUAAUGGAGCUGCCGCAGCAGCCGAGUCGCGAUGAGGAGCCGCCACUGCGGAGCAAAGGAACCGUUUGAAGAGUGUCAUACAUACAUACAUACAUCAAUUAUGCAUGCGAUGAGCUUUAUGCAAAUAACUAUGAAACAGGUUUUACAAAAAUAAAAACUUGUUCCAAAUGAGCAAGUAUGCAAUAAAAUAUGACAUUUUAUUAUUGUGACAAUUAAUGUUCUGAAAU